AAAUAUUCAAAAUGUAUCCGGACGGCAGCCGUGCCAGGUCAGCAAGCGAGAGCGACGCGCACGCGCUCGCGCUCGGGCUCGGAAGCCGAGAUGGUGGCGCUCCCGGCGGCGACCCGCGCGGGGGCGGUGGGGCUCUGCCGGAUCGCGGCAAGCGCGUCCGCUCCGCCGCCGGCGUCGGCCGGCGGGAGGAGAAGGGAGCGCGAGCGGGAGCGGGAGCUGCCGUUCGCGCUGGCGGAGCGGGGGAUGGUGGUGGGGGGCCACCGCGGGAUGGGGAUGAACGCCGUGGGGGCGCCGCCGGGGGCCCGCGUCGGGGCCGCGAGGGAGCGGGAGAACACGCUGCUCUCCCUCGGCCGCGCCGCCGAGCACGCCGCCGUCGCCUUCGUCGAGUUCGACGUCCAGGUCACUAAAGAUGGUUGUCCAAUAAUCUUCCAUGAUGAUUUCAUCCUAACACAAGGGGCCGGCGCUGUAUAUGAAAGGCGUGUUACUGAUCUUCUCUUGGAAGAAUUCCUCUCAUAUGGGCCACAAAAAGAAUCUCGCAAGGUUUCCAAGCCUUUACUUAGACGGACAGGAGAUGGUAGAGUCCUUAACUGGAGUACAGAAGAAGAUGAUUCUCUUUGCACGUUGCAAGAGGUCUUUGAACGUGUCAGUCCUCGUGUGGGAUUCAACAUUGAGCUAAAGUUUGAUGACAACAUUAUAUAUCAUAGUAAAGACAUUUACUGUGCUCUUCAAGCUAUAUUGCAAGUUGUUUUUCAUAAUGCUACGGAUAGACCAGUCUUCUUCUCAUCUUUCCAUCCUGACGCGACUCGGAUGGCACAGGAACUCCAAAGUUUCUAUCCUGUACUUUUCUUAACAGAAGGAGGGACAUCCAAACACCAUGAUUCACGAAGGAACUCACUUAACGAUGCCAUUCAGCUAUGCUUAGAUUAUGAUUUGCAUGGGAUCGUGUCGGAAGUGAGAGGUGUUCUCAAGAACCCCGCUGCAGUUGUCAGAGCACAAGAAUCCAACCUUGCACUUCUCACUUAUGGGCAGCUCAAUAAUGUGUGGGAGGCAGUCUACGUCCAGUACUUGAUGGGCGUCAAUGGUGUCAUUGUUGAUCGGGUGGAGGAAAUCUCAAAUGCUGUUGCUGGUUUCAGUAAACCAGACUUUAGCGGGGGUGUUGCUGGUGCGGAUAGUGCAAAGCAUCAGGCCUUCUCGCAGCAGCAGCUUGGAUUCUUGCUCCGGCUUAUACCUGAACUGAUUGAGCAGCAACAUUGAAAGUACAUCAUUGAUCAUACUGCCGAAGUUACAUCUCAGUUUUGACCCUCGAAACAUAUGAAGGCAUCCCGUCUUCAGUCGAUGGUAGUUCAGAUAGGACUAGUCUAACAUCAGUUUGACAGUUUAGGUGGUACUAGUCUAUCAACCCGCGGACUAGUUAGAGAUAUCUAGUAAUGAUCUAUCUCACGCUCUCUUUGACCAAUUAAAUAUUUUAAUUCAGUAGUGUAAAGAUACAUAUUUAUUAUUAUAUAAUUGUAAAAAACAUGAUAGGCUUAGUUACUAAAAAAAAAUUUCUCACUUUGCAUCACA